CUGAAAAAAGAAAAGUAGUUUUGGUAUCACUCUUUCACACGAAACGCUCUUUUUGACAGUCGCCUUUGCAUAUGCGAAUCAGUAAAAUUUACAAUUUUUUUAAUAAUUUCGCAUAAAAUAAUUAAUUAAAAAUGAGACCUUUGAUGCUCCAGGGACAUGAGCGUUCCAUAACGCAAAUCAAAUACAAUCGCGAAGGUGAUUUGUUAUUCUCCUGCUCCAAGGAUCAAAAGCCAAAUGUUUGGUGGUCGUUGAACGGCGAAAGGCUCGGCACCUACAAUGGUCAUCAGGGAGCCGUUUGGUGUUUGGAUGUCGAUUGGACAUCGUCCAAACUUAUCUCCGGUGCCGGUGAUAUGUCGACAAAGAUCUGGGAUGUUGAAUAUGGAUCAGUUGUUGCAUCGAUUCCAGCUAAAUCUUCUGUGAGGACAACACAUUUCAGUUAUUCGGGUAAUCAGGCUGCCUAUUCCACCGACAAGGCUAUGGGACAGAACUCUGAAUUGUUUAUCAUUGAUGUGAGGAAUGCCGAUUCGAGUAUAUCGGAGCAAGAUCCAAUUUUGAGAAUUCCCAUGUUGCAGUCGAAAAUUACAUCGAUGUUGUGGGGAGCUCUCGAUGAGACAAUUAUUACAGGUCAUGAAAAUGGUCAAAUAUCUUUGUGGGAUAUCAGAAAAGGCAAGGAAAUCAACUCUGUCAAUGAUCACACUGCCGGUAUUAAUGACAUGCAAAUGAACAAAGAUGGCACAAUGUUUGUUACCGCCUCAAAAGAUACAUCAGCCAAAUUAUUCGACGCGGAAUCGCUAAUGUGCUUGAAGACCUACAAAACUGAAAGACCCGUCAAUUCGGCUUCAAUCAGUCCAAUUAUGGAUCAUGUUGUUCUUGGUGGUGGUCAAGAUGCUAUGGAAGUAACAACAACUUCAACUAAAGCUGGCAAAUUUGAUUCCCGUUUCUUCCAUUUGAUCUAUGAAGAAGAAUUUGCCCGUUUGAAGGGCCAUUUUGGUCCAAUCAACAGUUUAGCAUUCCAUCCUGAUGGUAAAAGCUAUGCAUCUGGUGGUGAAGAUGGUUUUGUUCGCGUUCAAACAUUUGAUAGCUCGUAUUUUGAUAAUAUUUUCGAGUAGUCUAAUUACAGAAGAACGGAAAACCUAAAGUAAAAAGUUUGUAAAUUUUUUUUU